GAGAAUGUGUUAUCUCUAUGUGACCACUAGAGGGCUGAGGAGAUUUCUAGUAGUGGAGGGAAGGGAUCACAACCCUGGCUCCACCUGAUGCUUUUCAAACCAGUUUAUAUUUCAGCCCCCACCUGUUUCAGCACCUGUCUUGUAAAUAACAUUAUACAGGGUCAAACUAAGGUAGCAGCAUAAAUCUAUAUUUUUACGGCGACGGCUUUUACCAAGAGUUUACAAAGAUGCCUAAAAAAGAGUCCCUAUCACUGAACAAAUCUAACUGACAAACAUCUAACUGGCUAGUAAAUAAUCCAGUCAGGAAACCAGCCAUUAUAUCUGGCAUGUCCAGGCUAGUCAUCGUCCAGCAAAGUUACAGUGUGUUCCUUGGCUAUGCUGUGUGGUCCAGUCCUGGUCAAAUACAUCCCCUCAGUGGACAUAAGACUACGCUCUUAUAUUACAGCCUUGGCACAGCCACAUUUUCUAAUUAUAAAGUGGAAAAUCAUAUUUCAAACUAUUUGAGCAACAACAAAUUUGAACGGAAUCUUUCAAUAUAAUCUUGGCAUUUAUAGUUCUGAAGCAUCUUACUAUACAGUGAAAAGUAAACAUUUUAUAUAUAUAUUUUAAAUAUUAUCGGGUUUUCUAUGGGAAAAAAACUCUGAAAUACCCCACAAGACCCAUCUGCUUUUUUAGGGAUAUAUGACCUGCAGGAGUUACAUUGAUAAGAGGUUAUCCUCCUAUCUAACUUAGAUAAGAGGAUGUUAGAAGGUUAACAGAACUAAUUUACAACUACUCUCCUCAAAUACUGAUGGACCAGUGUUACGCUGCCUGCUGUACUAAAUUGAUGUAUUGAAGUAUUUGAUAAAUGUCAUUGAGCCAGGUUGAAUCAGAACUUGUUUGUCUGAUGAAACAAUGUCCCUAGAUGCUUAGGAAUGCACCAGAGGUCAGAUGACGCACGACCAAAUUUAGGACCAAAGAAAAAAAAGUGAUGAUGACAAAGGGUGUCGAUGAUUGACACCUGUAAGCAUUGAACGCCCAGUCCAGAUUUCACACCUCCGUCCCUGCCGCCAGUCACUCAAGGACACAUCCUGCUCUACCGCACAUCACAUGCCAGGAUUCCUCCAAUCACUGCCCGCCUCUGUGUUUGAAUGGAGGCCCUUCGCUAAUGAGCUGCUAGAUGAGAAGCGUCGUCUCAGACCGCUUCCUGGAAAGAGAACCCCUUCUUCUCACAUUCUAAGAACGGGGUCAAUAUGAUCUCGUCAAAAUGUUUACGAUUGCGUCACGCCAUGCUAUCUGCUUGUAAUGAUAUACCAGAUGGGGUUGGAUCCAAGCGCAGAGUGCAGAUUUAUUAGAAAACUAAGGUCAGUUACAGGACACGUAUACUCAACAAGGCUCGGACUGAACUGCGAAACAAGAUCAAGACUUUGCACCGGACACUCCACAAACAGACACUUAAAUACUAAAACUAAACAAGACACAGGUGUAGCCGAUUGUCCUAAUACUUCGGGGAUGCUAAUUGGCAGCCAAUUAGCUACAGAAGGCUCUGGCAUGACACUGCUUCAGCUGUUUCGCCUGGUUAGGAUAGGGGCCUCAUGAGAAGCUAUGAGACUGGAUUCCAGUCACUCUCUCUGACGUGUGUGAGAGAAAUAUGUUUUUUUUCUUCUUCCUGUCCACGUGCACGUAUGCCUACACCACGCUGUACAUAAAGGUCAGAGUAGACAAUAAGAAUGGGGAAGUCAAGCAUCCGUGUGUGCCUUGCUGAACUGUGACAUGGGUGUGUGUGUUUCUGAACGCUUGUCCCAAGCAUGUCCCAGUGCAUGCUUCUGUGUGUGCGUGCUCGUGAUCGCUUGAACAGAUCGAUAUCGGCACAAGAGCGUGUCGCCGAGGGAGUAUGUGCGCUUGCGCUCGCAAACGCGUCCACCCACGCGUGCGCGUUUUUCGCGAGCGCGCGUGUCCACGCGUGCAAUGGGCGGCCCCCCCUCUCAACGCAGGCCCGUCUCCCUUCUCUCUCGAACGACAUAAAAGCCGCUUAUUUGCUCUCGAGCGGUGUGGUGCCAUCUAUAAUAGUGUGACACUGUCUGGGCACCAGGGGGGAGCAGCGGGGAGAGUUCCGGAGUGAAUAAAGUUAAGCCAUGUGAACCCUGUGCCCUGCUGCGUCUUUAUUCUAUACUGUAAGAACCUGACGCGACAAGCGGCGCGUUCGCAGGGAAAUAGGCGGCGUCCACGAAGCGAGGCAUUGUCCCUCUGAAUUUAACAGGGAGACCAGGUAUUAUUCCUGAAGUGGCCAGCCCUCUCUUUCCCCUGACCCCCCUCCUGUCUCUCCCUCAGCCCUCCUUUCGCCGCCGAACAAAAUACCCCAGCCUUCCUCGUCACACCGCUGUCACCGCAGCCGCACUCGCCGUUUGCGUUGACGACACUGAAACGUGCGUCCCAGCCCGGACAGAAACGUGUGUGUGAGCGUUCCAGCGUGUGUGUGUGUUUGUUGAGGAAGGGGGGGGGGGGUUUGGAAGAUGUGUGAGUCCGUUCAGAGUUUGCUGUGAUGUUAGACCUGCGUCAUCAGAGCUGCACUUAGCUGCCCUAGUUAGGCUCUAAUGGGAACUCAGUGACUGCGUGUGUGAGCUUGUGUGCAUGUGUGUGAACUGUCAGUGUGCCAAGCCACAGCGUUACAAACCGUGGCAUUUGAGUUACUUCGUUCUGAACUCAUUGUCCAGUGCCCAUUCCUUCGGGUGUUCCUGUUGAUUGACAGGUCAGACAGACACCUGUCUGGUGUAAGCGCACAGAUCCAGCUGUGAACCAAACAACCUAUGAGGUCAUAACGGUUAGGUUGUAACACAGCUUCAAUGAAAACAUUUGUCCAAACUCGACAAAUAAUUUGAGGGGAAAAUGGCACAGUAACACAAUGUCUGCUGUCUGGAGGCAUUUUGGCUUCAAUUGUAAAGGAGGAGUCACUGAACAAGGCCCUCUGUCACCUAAGCACACACCUCUUCAACCCUGUUGCUUGUGUAAUCUUUAUGAAUAACCCCCAAAGCCCUUCUCUCCUGUCUCAUCCUUCAACCCUGACUGUUUGUUAUCCCUCUCCCCUCCUCCCCACAUUCCUCAGAUGUCACUCCCUCUUUCUCUUUCUUUUCGUACGCCUUCCUUUUUCCUCCUUCAUCUCCCUCUCCUCUUUGCUCUCUGUUUUGUCUUUGUUGUUUGGGUUGCUGUUGUGGUUGGAGUGCUCAACCUGUGACGACUUCCUCCGUAUUUCUCCGUGGUUUAUGACAUGAUCCUGUUCGCGAUUCUGUGCAGUCCUGUUCCUGGGCACACACGCCUCUGUGUGCUCUCCUUGUGUGCUCUGCAACACGUUGCUGCGUCUACAUGCUGUCAGGGUAGGUGUUAGGUUACCGUGGCAGCAGCCUGACUGACACGAGAGCCAGAGGCUGUGUUCGUUCACUGGACAUGAACAGGAGUCCCGCCCUCGAGAGAACGACUGUGAGCAGCCCUUCCCGCUAUGACAGCGCUCAGACCUGCAAGAAGCAGAGAGAGCAAGAGAGGGAGGGCAAGGGGAGAGAUAGUCAAGAGGGAGGAGCGCACGAGGACAGUGGAAAGGAGGUACUGACAGAGGGGAGAGUUUGUGGGGAAGAAAAGCAAUGAUACAUCUUGAGAAAGAGGUGCUAGCGCUAGCGGGAAAAGAGAUUGGCGAAAAAGAAUAAGGGACACCCACUCAUUGGUCAAGACGGAAGGCAGAAGGCGUGUGUCCCCUCUCUGACUUCCACCCAGUCUAGCUGAGGGGCUCAGCUGCUACACCACCUCCCAGACUUGAGGCCCUUAACCUGGGCAGGAGGACUACGGGACUGGGACUACCCAACCACCUAGAAGGAAUACAACCACAGGACCUACCUACAGGAGUCUAAAAGUGAUUUGACCGAGUUUUCCAGGGACAAGAGUUGGACUGACAGACCCAGAGGGCUGGCUACUGGUGUACAGCAGGAAAGGAGGAGAAAGGACCUGUCGGUGUGGUUGUGGAGAGUGUUUAUACCAAGGGAUUCGCGGGCACCUGUGGUCCGACUACGGUAGCAGCUCUGGGUCGGGAUCAGAAAGGGGUGUGUUUGUUUGUGUGUGUGGCACAGUAUGAGUAUCGUUUUGAAGCCCCGCUCACGUUCUACCAGCUCUCUACGGAACACAGAAGGAAUCUGUUUCGAUGUGGACAACGGGACGUCGUCGGGUCGCAGCCCCCUGGACCCCAUGGCCAGCCCGGGUUCAGGCCUCAUCCUGCAGGCCAACUUUGUCCACAGCCAACGGAGGGAGUCCUUCCUCUACCGCUCGGACAGCGACUAUGACCUGUCACCCAAGUCCAUGUCCCGCAACUCCUCCAUCGCCAGCGACAUUCAUGGUGACGAUAUGAUUGUAACACCAUUUGCACAGGUUCUGGCCAGUUUAAGAACUGUACGGAAUAAUUUUGCUGCAUUAACCAAUUUACAACAAGAAAGAGAAAGGGCAAACAAAAGAUCACCCAUGUGUAAUCCACCCCCUAUCACCAAGACCUCCUUUACAGAGGAGGCCUACCAGAAGCUAGCCACAGAGACUCUGGAAGAGCUGGACUGGUGCCUGGACCAGCUGGAGACCCUGCAGACCAGACACUCUGUCAGUGAGAUGGCCUCCAACAAGUUCAAGAGGAUGCUGAACAGGGAGCUCACGCACCUGUCUGAGAUGAGCCGGUCGGGGAACCAGGUGUCAGAGUUCAUCUCCAGCACCUUCCUGGACAAGCAGCACGAGGUGGAGAUGCCCUCUCCACAGACACAGAAGGAGAAGGACGAGAAGAAGAACAAGCCCAUGUGUCAGAUCAGCGGCGUGAAGAAGCUGCAGCACAGCUCCAGCCUCACCAACUCCAACAUCCCCCGCUUCGGAGUCAAGACGGAGACGGAGGAAGAGCUGGCCAAGGAACUGGAGGAUGUGAAUAAAUGGGGCCUUAAUGUUUUCAAAGUCACAGAGUUCUCUGGGAACCGGCCACUUACAGUCAUGAUGUAUUCCAUAUUCCAGGAGAGAGACUUGUUAAAAACGUUCAAAAUUCCACUCGACACCUUUAUAACCUACCUGAUGACCUUAGAAGACCAUUACCAUGGCGAUGUGGCCUAUCACAACAACAUCCAUGCUGCUGAUGUGACCCAGUCCACACAUGUGCUGCUAUCCACCCCUGCUCUAGAGGCUGUCUUCACAGAUCUGGAGAUCCUGGCAGCCAUCUUUGCCAGUGCCAUCCAUGACGUCGACCACCCAGGAGUCUCUAACCAGUUCCUCAUCAGUACCAACUCUGAGCUGGCCCUCAUGUACAAUGACUCGUCAGUUCUGGAGAAUCACCACCUGGCUGUGGGAUUCAAGCUGCUGCAGGAGGAGAACUGUGACAUCUUCCAGAACCUGACCAAAAAACAACGACAAUCACUACGCAAGAUGGUCAUAGACAUUGUCCUAGCGACUGACAUGUCCAAGCACAUGAACCUGCUGGCUGAUCUGAAGACAAUGGUGGAGACCAAGAAGGUGACCAGCUCUGGAGUCUUGCUGCUGGACAACUACUCUGACAGGAUACAGGUUCUCCAGAACAUGGUGCACUGUGCGGACCUCAGCAACCCUACCAAGCCCCUGCAGCUGUACCGGCAGUGGACUGACCGCAUCAUGGACGAGUUCUUCAGCCAGGGGGACCGGGAGAGGGAGCGAGGCAUGGAGAUCAGCCCCAUGUGCGACAAACACAACGCCUCGGUCGAAAAGACCCAGGUGGGGUUCAUAGACUACAUCGUGCACCCCCUGUGGGAGACAUGGGCCGACCUGGUGCACCCGGACGCCCAGGACAUCCUGGACACCCUGGAGGACAACAGGGAGUGGUACCAGAGCACCAUCCCCCAGAGCCCCUCUCCUGCCCUGGACGAGCCCGACGACGGCAGCCGGCCGACCGGAGGGGACAAGUUCCAGUUUGAACUCACCCUGGAAGAGGACGGAGAGUCCGACACAGAGAAGGACAGUGGGAGCCAGCCCGAGGAAGAAGAGGUGGAGGAGGAAGAGGAGGAGGAGGACGACGAGAACAGCUGCAGUGACUCUAAAACCCUCUGCACGCAGGACUCGGAGUCGACAGAGAUACCGCUGGAUGAGCAGCUGGGGGAGGAGGUGGAGGAGGAGGAACAGAGAGAGGUCGAGGGAGAAUGCUCUUUCACGCCAGACUGUGUAGUCGAAGAAGGGGAAGGGGAGGAAAAGAAACAGGAAGAGGAGAAAGGGAGAAAAACUGCUGACACAUAGCAGUGUGUAUGGACAGCUAACUGACUCGCUGCACCUCUUAGUAAUGAAAGAUAAAUUAUUUUUUGGGUUUUGUGGAGUUUGUCUGUUUUUUAUACGUCCAUGUUUAUGGUUCCAAAGCGCACGCUGCUUGUCACCUUGGCCUCUCCCCCUCUUCUUUAUCCCACUGGUCAGCUUUUCAGACACACACACCGGUACUUCUACAAGUUUUUGCACUCAGGAAAACUCUCUUUCCAUUCCAGUUUGAACUUAAGUGGUCGGUGUUUCGUUUAAACCUCAUCCCUGUGAGUUGAAGUUACAUUUAAGAGUUUGGAUCAGCUGUUUCUCCCCCCCCCCCCACAUACACAUAACCUUUCUCACACUACACCCCCCCCCACACACACACACACACACACACACACACACACAACCCCCCGCCCCCCCUCCCCAGGCCAGGGCCAGAGUGCAGCAGUAGAAGUAUAGCAGUUAUCUGUAUUCAAGUGCCCAUUCUACACAAGUGGCUAUGGUUGUGUUCAAGGAGAACCUCUACCCCGAGUUAUUCCUCCCCUGGACGCCAGCGGAUGGACGGGCGGAUGAGGACGGAUGAGGAUGGAUAGAGGACGUCCAGAAGGCUGGCCACUGCAGCCCACGGGGACCGCGGCAUUGUGGGACUUUAUCCAGACACUUUUUCUGAAGUUGAAGUCUUCCUCGUACAUGUGACUGAAAAAGGCGGAAAUCUCACAGCUCAGAUGCUGUCUUUGACCUCUUUGGUUUUUGUAUCGUAUCGUAUUUAACUUGGAGAUCUUUUAUAGAUUUUAGAGGACUGAUUAUACCCUGUGCUGGUGAGGGGAGUCUAAUCAAACACUGGUUUUCAGUGUUUAAAAUGGUAACCUGCCAGUUGUAUUAGGAAAGGGAUACGGAGUAAGUAUUUGCACUUGCUCUUAUCUUUAUGAAACAGCAUUAAGAUAAAUAUUGCAGUGUCCCUGCCCAAACUUCUUUUUGUGUAGCUUUCAGCUUUUAUUUUAUAGAAUGUUUUGCUGAGGGGGAAAAUGUGACAAGCCUUGGCACAGACUUUAAGUUCAGUGAAAUCAGUUUCAACUGAAGAAGCCUUUAAGUUGAAGUUACUUGCUCUUGUCAGCAGUUCAUGUCAUCAGACAAUGCAAUCCUCCUUAUGGAUAGAAGAAGCACCUUGAGUUAGAGAGUUGAACGUGAGUGUUCUGUACGUUUGUCUGUCAUUCAUUUUCUAGCCUAAUGUGGAAGUCUAUGGGGUCUGGAUGCUGGCAGUGGUAGGAUACAGUACAUACUAAACUGCAUAUUAGCAGAUGUAAGCAGGCCCAUUUCAUGUUUUAGGGUAGCUAAAGGUUGAAUUUACAGUUUUAUGAUGCACCACAUGGAUUCAUAGUUGUUACUUCAAGAAUGCAAAGCAUUGUCAUUGCCACUAUGAUAACCUUUACUUUUUUUUUACUAGAAUCAAUCAGACAAUCAUCAUGUGUUGGUGUCCUGAGGGGUAUUGGUUGACUGUAUGUAGAUACUCUAAUGCACUGAUGUAUUCAUAUCUCACUACUUUUAUUCUUAUGUUUUUUGUUAGUUUUUUCUUUUGUAUUCAACUCGCCAAACCUGUCAUGUACAUUUAGGCUUGAACAAGGUUCAUUAAGACCUCAGCCAAGUUACAAUUUUUUGUUUCUUUUAUUUUUUUUUUUAACAGCUGACGCUACUAUUUAUUGAUUUUCUUUUGUGUAAUUGUUUUGUUUCAUUUAUGGCAUGUUUAAGCGGUACAGUACAGCUUUCACUGUAGCAUAGAUCUACCGCACCAUACAGGCUUGCCCCUCUAUUAAACCCAAAUAUGCUUUCUCUUUGAAUUUGUACAUACAGUAUAGACAAGGACAUGUACAAAUUUUGAAAAAACACUUGAAUCAAUAUUCAUGGCUUUUUAAAAUUGUGUUUAUUCUUAAAGAAAUGUGUCAUUUCAAAACUGUUUUAUCUAAUCCGGAUGAUUUUUUUUAUGUGUCAGGAUUAAAUGAAAUUAAUUUUAUUUGUGCCAAGUUUGCUAUUCUUUUCAUCCUCACCCGAUGACCUUAGCUGUAAUACAGUUUUCUGGUUUUAUCGCUGUUUACAAACAUGUAUUUAUUGUGCUGUAUAUACUGUAUUAUUCUUAUUGAUAUCAUGAUGCUGUUUGUUGUAAAUGGUUGAUUCUUAUCAUCCCUUAUGGUGAUGGUGUGACUGAACUCCAUCUAGGUGAGAGAGUGUUUGUGACACAUGCUUCUUUAAUGUAAAAUGAUCCAUCGGUAUAUUGGCUUUCUGAGAUCUAGCUAGCUCAGAGGGGAGAGGGGAAAGCCAAAACUGUUUUUGUUUUGUUUUUCUAGAGAGUGAGCUGUUCCUUGGCCCAUGGGCUGUGCCUUAAAUUUAACAUGCCAUUUAUCUUUCUUUUUUUCUUAGCUUUCUAGUCCUCCUCUUUUUGCUGCAUUUGUUUGGAAUGGGUUGAUCUGAUUUGAACAUCGGAUUCUCCGUCCUCGGGGAUUUGAGUGAGAAUGUUGCCUAAAUUUUUCACAGCCAAAUAAACCCAACAUAUUCAACAAAUAUCACCACGGCAACGAUUCUUGUUCAAUUCUGUUGACAGAGAAUUGACUAUGGUCAGGUUUCAGCCCAUUUACCCUGGAGUGACUGAUAUGUGGCUUAUAGUAGAUAUAAAUAGGCCUGGUCUACAAACCUCAAUCCCUAUUCCCAAGACCUGUAUAGUAUAGGUGAAAGCAAUAUGGUGCUUGUUUCCCCUAAUCCCAGUCCUAAGGUUUGGAGGAGCUUGUCCGGUAUUGAUAGCCCCAUUUUGGAUUCUUUCAGAUCUACAACCACUAAGGGGGAUAGGAGGGGAUGGCUCUUGGAGAUGGGGCUUAUGGAGCACCAGGGCGUGGUGACACACCCGUGUGUCCAGUCACUGCUGCAUUUCUUUGGGCUGAGACACUGAGGGUGCUUCACCUGGCCUGGUCUCUGCCUCGCCUCCACCACAUGCAAUAUCUACAACCACUGACAUCUUUCUGCCAGAGACACAAAGCCUGGUAUUGAGAUGGAGAAUGCAGGAAGGGAUGUCAUCCCCCCAAAAAAAAACACGUCCCGAAAUUGAGAACUCUUAUUUUGACACGCAUACUGUAGAUUCUAAACAGCCCUGGACCAAUGGAAUUAGAGGGAUCUUUAACUUUUUGUGUUCUAUUUUUAUGGUAUGAAAGGAAUACACAAACUGUAACUUCAAAAAGAUCUCCAGGACAAUUAUUUUUGGUUUAUGUCUUUAGAAUGCCAACUUGUCUGGACGUUUCACGAGACAAUUAAAAGUUAUUUUAAUGGAUUCCUUGUUAAUUGCAGUCUAUUGGAUAGCACUGUAGACCAUAAAGACUUUCUGUAUAAAAAUGAAGAAAAAAAAAAAGUUUUUAUAUGCAACAAAUUAAAUAAAAGCAUGGGUUGAUUCUG